UGUAGGAUGUUGGACAUUCUUUCAGGCCUUCUGUUUUCUGUUUGGGCCUCUACGCUCUGCAAUCCUCCAUCUCUGCUAAAUUUGGGAUGGACACAGAGCCCAUCUCCAGCCCCAGAUCUGGGCAGGGGUAAGAGACAGGCCAAGGGGGCUAUCCCAGGAGCCUCUCAUCCUAGUUAGGGGCACCACCUCUCCCUGGCUCCUCAGUCCCUGGGAAAGCAGUUUGGGGGAGGCAGAGUCAGAAGGGGUAGCCACUCUCGGGCUCCACUGUUCCCUACCUGUUUGUCUCUCUGUCUCUCUCUCUGCAGGAGCUGGGUCCCUCCUCAUCCUCUUCCUAUCUAUGCUUUCCUGGUCUAUUUCCACCUCUCUUUGCCUUUGCUGCUUCUGCCCUCAUCCCCUGGAGGCCCAGGUCUGCUGGACCCAUCCAUCCCCUUUGGGGCCAUGGGAUCUCUGCUUGGGCUCCUGGCUCUGCUGCUGCUGUGGGGUGCUGUGGCUGAGGGCCCAGCCAAGAAGGUGCUGACCCUGGAGGGGGACCUGGUUCUGGGUGGGCUGUUUCCGGUACACCAGAAGGGCGGCCCAGCAGAGGAGUGUGGUCCUGUCAAUGAACAUCGUGGCAUCCAGCGCCUGGAGGCCAUGCUUUUCGCGCUGGAUCGUAUCAACCGUGACCCAAGCCUGCUGCCGGGCGUGCGCCUGGGUGCGCACAUACUUGACAGUUGUUCCAAGGACACACAUGCUCUGGAGCAGGCACUUGACUUUGUGCGUGCCUCACUCAGCCGUGGUGCUGAUGGCUCACGCCACAUUUGCCCCGACGGCUCUUAUGCCACUCAUGGUGAUGCUCCUACUGCCAUCACUGGUGUUAUCGGCGGCUCCUACAGCGACGUCUCCAUCCAGGUGGCCAACCUCCUGCGGCUAUUUCAGAUCCCUCAGAUCAGCUAUGCAUCCACCAGUGCCAAGCUGAGUGACAAGUCCCGCUAUGAUUACUUUGCCCGCACAGUGCCCCCCGACUUCUUCCAAGCCAAAGCCAUGGCUGAGAUUCUCCGCUUCUUUAACUGGACCUACGUGUCCACUGUGGCAUCCGAGGGUGACUAUGGCGAGACAGGCAUUGAGGCCUUCGAGCUAGAGGCCCGCGCCCGCAACAUCUGUGUGGCCACCUCGGAGAAGGUGGGCCGCGCCAUGAGCCGCACGGCCUUUGAGGGCGUGGUGCGAGCCCUGCUGCAGAAACCCAGUGCCCGUGUGGCUGUCCUGUUCACCCGUUCCGAAGAUGCCCGCGAGCUCCUCGCUGCCACCCAGCGCCUCAAUGCUAGCUUCACCUGGGUGGCCAGCGAUGGCUGGGGGGCCCUAGAGAGCGUGGUAGCAGGCAGUGAGGGAGCUGCUGAAGGCGCCAUCACCAUAGAGCUGGCUUCCUACCCCAUCAGUGACUUUGCCUCCUACUUCCGGAGCCUGGACCCGUGGAACAACAGCCGGAACCCCUGGUUCCGCGAGUUCUGGGAGCAGCGGUUCCGCUGCAGCUUCCAACAGCGAGACUGUGCAGCCCACUCCCUGCGGGCCGUGCCCUUUGAGCAAGAGUCCAAGAUCAUGUUUGUGGUCAAUGCGGUGUAUGCCAUGGCCCAUGCACUGCACAACAUGCAUCGCGCCCUCUGCCCCAACACCACCCGCCUCUGUGAUGCAAUGCGGCCUGUCAACGGGCGCCGCCUCUACAAAGACUUCGUGCUCAAUGUCAAGUUUGAUGCCCCCUUCCGCCCAGCUGACACCCACAGUGAGGUCCGCUUCGACCGCUUUGGGGACGGCAUUGGUCGCUACAACAUCUUUACCUAUCUGCGGGCAGGCAGUGGGCGCUAUCGCUACCAGAAGGUGGGCUACUGGGCAGAAGGCCUGACCCUGGACACCAGCCUCAUCCCAUGGGCCUCACCCUCAGCCGGGCCCCUGCCUGCCUCUCGCUGCAGUGAGCCCUGCCUCCAGAAUGAGGUGAAGAGCGUGCAGCCGGGGGAGGUCUGUUGCUGGCUCUGUAUCCCCUGCCAGCCCUAUGAGUACCGACUGGAUGAGUUCACCUGUGCUGACUGUGGCCUGGGCUUCUGGCCCAAUGCCAGCCUGACUGGCUGCUUCGAGCUGCCCCAGGAGUAUAUCCACUGGGGUGAUGCCUGGGCUGUGGGACCUGUCACCAUUGCCUGCCUAGGCGCCCUGGCCACCCUCUUUGUACUGGGAGUCUUCGUGCGGCACAAUGCCACCCCAGUGGUCAAGGCCUCAGGCCGGGAGCUCUGCUACAUCCUGCUGGGUGGUGUCUUCCUCUGCUACUGCAUGACCUUCGUCUUCAUUGCCAAGCCAUCCACAGUGGUGUGUACCUUACGGCGCCUCGGUUUGGGCACUGCCUUCUCUGUCUGCUACUCAGCGCUGCUCACCAAGACCAACCGCAUUGCGCGCAUCUUCGGUGGGGCCCGGGAGGGAGCCCAGCGGCCACGCUUCAUCAGCCCUGCCUCACAGGUGGCCAUCUGCCUGGCCCUUAUCUCGGGCCAGCUGCUCAUCGUGGCUGCCUGGCUGGUGGUGGAGGCACCAGGCACAGGCAAGGAGACAGCCCCUGAGCGACGGGAGGUUGUGACAUUGCGCUGCAACCACCGCGAUGCAAGCAUGCUGGGCUCGCUGGCCUACAAUGUGCUCCUCAUUGCGCUUUGCACACUCUAUGCCUUCAAGACCCGCAAGUGCCCCGAAAACUUCAAUGAGGCCAAGUUCAUCGGCUUCACCAUGUACACCACCUGCAUCAUCUGGCUGGCCUUCCUGCCCAUCUUCUAUGUCACCUCCAGUGACUACCGGGUGCAGACCACCACCAUGUGCGUGUCAGUCAGCCUCAGUGGCUCUGUGGUGCUUGGCUGUCUCUUCGCGCCCAAGCUGCACAUCAUCCUGUUCCAGCCACAGAAGAAUGUGGUUAGCCACCGUGCACCCACCAGCCGCUUCAGCAGUGCAGCUGCCAGAGCCAGCUCCAGCCUUGGUCAAGGGUCUGGCUCCCAGUUUGUCCCCACUGUGUGCAACGGCCGUGAGGUGGUGGACUCAACAACAUCAUCGCUUUGAGGAUCUCCACACUCCUGCCCGACAUGGCUGCUCUCCAGAACCUGGUGCAGACCCAUGUCCAGGGCCAGGAGGAAGAUGGCUGGAGCACUGCAAUAAUGCCAACCCCAUGCCCGCCCCCAGUGCCACUUACCAACCUACUUACUCCAACCCUUAAGAGUCAGAAGUCAGGGUCCCUGGCCUGGGAGCCUCUAUAAUGACCACCAACUGCCCUUGCAGCUGUGUCCCCUCCUUGCCAGGCCCAGGACUUGGAAGGGAGCAAGCCAGGGUCCACUCUGCCCUGGAACAGGGUGGCUGAGGACUGCAGGCCCCAAUCCCCAAUUAGCAAAGGUGCUUCCAGCCCUGCCCCUCCCUCCUCUAGGGCCUUUUAAAUUUUUUAUAUAAGUUAUU